UCAAUUUAGUCGUUUUGUGGCGCUGCCAGUGAGCAGUCCACUGCUUCGAUAGGCAAUAAACGUAUUUUAAAAACAUUUUGAGGUUAUAAAAAGUUUCAAAUUAAAAUCAUGGCUAAAGUGUUAAGUCGAGAAUUACCGGAUAUUGAGAAUUUGCUAAGACUUAAUCCUACCGUGAAGCCCUACACCAACCUCGUGCCAUCAGCUCAGACCAAGAAGAACAAACAGCAUUGGAAAAGAAAUGCUGAUCGAAAAUGCACGUCAUGUCCGUCGUUGGAGAACAACUUCGACGAUAUCAAGCACACGACGCUGUCGGAGCGCGGAGCGUUGCGCGAGGCGGCGCGCUGCCUCAAGUGUGCAGAUGCGCCUUGCCAGAAGUCAUGCCCUACGCAGAUAGAUGUGAAGAGCUUCAUUACUAGCAUCGCUAAUAGGAACUACUACGGGGCGGCAAAAGCCAUUCUAUCGGACAAUCCGUUGGGGCUGACGUGCGGCAUGGUGUGCCCAACAAGCGAUCUCUGUGUGGGCGGAUGCAACCUUCACGCCAGUGAGGAGGGAGCCAUCAAUAUUGGCGGCUUGCAACACUUCGCUGUUGAAAUUUUUAUGCGGAUGGGUAUACGCCAGACAUUGGACCCUAAGACCAAGCCUUUGCCAAAGGGCGGUGACCAUAAAAUAGCACUGAUUGGAGGCGGUCCAGCUAGUAUCAGCUGCGCUUGCUUUCUGGCUAGAUUGGGUUACAAGAACAUUACUGUUUAUGAGAAAGAGAAAUAUUUAGGAGGAUUAAGUUCAUCGGAAAUACCUCAAUACCGUCUGCCAUACGAUGUGGUGCAAUACGAAGUGAGCCUCGUCGAGGACUUAGGUGUGAAGUUCGUGACAGGAAGAAAACUUGCCACAGAUGAUAUUACUGUAGAUGGACUUUUAGAAAGUGGCCAUGAUGCGGUAUUCCUUGGCAUCGGCUUGCCCGAGCCGACAACUGUUCCCAUAUUCAAAGGCCUUACGCAAGACAUGGGAUUUUAUACAAGCAAGGACUUUUUGCCCUUAGUUUCGAAAGGCAGCAAGAAAGGUAUGUGUGCGUGUAAGAACACAUUACCGCAGUUACACGGUGUGGUGGUAGUGCUGGGUGCGGGAGACACAGCUUUCGAUUGCGCUACGUCGGCGCUGCGUUGCGGCGCACGAAGAGUCUUUGUAGCCUUCCGUAAAGGAUUUUCUAACAUACGCGCUGUGCCUGAAGAGGUCGACUUGGCAAAAGAAGAGAAAUGCGAAUUUAUGCCAUUCAUGUCUCCUCAAGAAGUAAUAGUUAAAGAUGGAAAGAUCACAGGUUUAAAGAUGUGUCGCACGGAACAGCUCGAAAAUAGAGACUGGAUAGAAGACAAAGAUCAGAUUAUACAGUUGAAGACUAACUUCAUUAUAUCUGCAUUCGGCUCUGGCCUUUACGAGACUGAUGUGAAAGAUGCUAUGUCUGGCGUGAAACUGAACCGUUGGGGGUUACCAGAAGUUGACAGUACCACAAUGCAGAGCGUCAGCAAUGCGAAGGUUUUUAUUGGCGGCGAUCUCGCCGGUGUGGCAGAGACAACUGUUGAAUCUGUUAAUGAUGGCAAGACCGCCGCUUGGUAUAUGCAUUGUUAUUUACAGGGUAUUCCAUUCGAUUCUCCAGUCGAACUACCAAAGUUUCACUGUCCUAUCGAUGACGUGGAUCUGUCAGUGGAAGUCUGCGGCAUAAAGUUUGAGAACCCGUUCGGUCUGGCUAGUGCACCACCCACCACCAGCUCCGCGAUGAUCCGCCGCGCCUUCCAGCAGGGCUGGGGCUUCGCCGUCACUAAGACUUUCGGACUUGAUAAGGAUCUGGUGACCAAUGUAUCCCCGCGUAUAGUCCGCGGUGUGACCUCGGGCGAGAACUACGGCCCUGGCCAGGGCUCCUUCCUCAACAUUGAACUCAUCUCUGAGAAGUGCGAAGCUUACUGGUGUCAGAGUAUUGCAGAACUCAAGAGGGAUUUCCCCAAUAAAAUAGUGAUAGCGUCCAUAAUGUGUUCGUAUAACGAACAAGACUGGACGGAACUGUCUCGCAAAGCGGAGGCUGCGGGCUCAGAUGCUCUGGAGCUCAAUCUCUCCUGCCCUCAUGGCAUGGGGGAGUCGGGCAUGGGGCUGGCUUGCGGACAGGAUCCAGUUCUUGUGAAAGGAAUAUCUCAAUGGGUCAGGAAGGCUAUUAAGAUACCUUUCUUCAUCAAAUUGACGCCAAACAUCACGGAUAUAGUGAGCAUUGCUAUGGCCGCAUAUGAAGGUGGUGCCAAUGGAGUUUCAGCAAUUAACACCGUGUCUGGACUAAUGUCUGUUACCGCUAACGCUACGCCAUGGCCGGCUGUGGGUAAUACAAAAUCGACGACAUACGGCGGUGUGUCGGGCAAUGCGACGCGGCCUAUGGGCUUGCGCGCUGUGUCAGCUAUCGCCAACAAGCUGCCCGGGUUCCCUAUACUGGGUAUUGGGGGGAUAGACUCCGCUGAUUCCGCUUUCCAAUUCAUACUGUGUGGAGCUCCCGUUGUCCAGAUAUGCAGUGCAGUUCAGAACCAAGAUUUCACAGUAGUAGAUGACUAUAUAACCGGUCUCAAAGCCUUGCUGUAUCUACGCUCGCUAGGUUUGGAUGGAUGGACAGGCCAGUCUCCGCCCACCAACAAACAUCAGAAAGGGAAGCCUGUGCAGACGUUGAUGGAUGAAGGAAAAGUACUGGGUCAUUUUGGACCUUAUAAAAAGAAGCGAGAGGAAUUACUAAAGACUAUUCGUCAAAAAUCAGACUUGAUUAAUGGAGAUGAGAACAAUUGUUAUUCGAAAUACGGUACAAACGGUACAUCGCAAAAUUAUGCAGUACCAAAAAUAAAAGAUGUCUUAGGCGAAGCCUUACCCAGGAUCGGUCCAUACAAGAAACUGGAUAAUACCAAACAAGUUGUCGCACUUAUUGAUGAUGAUAUGUGUAUCAAUUGUGGAAAAUGUUAUAUGGCGUGUGCGGACUCUGGAUAUCAAGCUAUUGAAUUUGAUCCAGAGUCUCACAUUCCCCAUGUGACAGACGACUGCACUGGCUGUACUUUGUGUCUCUCUGUCUGCCCCAUUAUCGACUGCAUUACAAUGGUGCCGAAAAAUAUUCCACACAUAAUCAAAAGAGGGGUCGGCUACCAGGUUCACCCAGUGACACCAUUAGAUGCCGUGUGCCAAUAAGGAAUUGUAAACAAACGAAGCAAUAAAAAAUUG